UACUGAUGACGUUGCCUGUGGACCGGUGGGGACUGUGGCGAGGCGUUUGAAAAUGCAAUGAAAUCGUCACUUUAAAUGCAAGUUAAAUCACUCGAUAAUCCACGAUAGAGUCGCGAGAGAGAUUUUUUUUUAUUGUAACGCAUAUUUAACCUUUUGGAUUCAAUGAAACAAACUUAGGAGGACUUCUUUGAAGGAGUUAGCUUAGCGGCGUUGGAUGUUUUCAACGAUGACAGCUCGUAGCCAGGCUAAAUACAACUAACUGGCUUACAGAAGUGGGACACAAUGUUGGAGUCCUAUGUCACUCCGCUCCUGAUGAGCUAUGUGAACAAGUACAUCAAGAAUCUGAAGCCAACUGACUUGCAGCUGUCUCUCUGGGGAGGGGAUGUCGUGCUCAGCAAGUUGGACCUGAAGCUGGAUGUCCUAGAACAGGAAUUGAAGCUUCCUUUUACAUUCCUGAGUGGUCAUAUCCAUGAGCUGCGUAUUCACGUACCCUGGACUAAGCUGGGUUCUGAGCCUGUCGUCAUCACCAUCAACACCAUGGAGUGCAUCCUAAAGUUGAGGGAUGGAGACCAGGAUGACCAUGAGAGUGGUUCUAGCUCCACGAGUCGGAGCGUCUCUGAGAGUUCCAAGGCUGUUGGCAAGCCUCGCCGACUCCAGCAAGCAGCCCCUAGUGACCCAGACCUGCCCCCAGGUUAUGUGCAGAGCCUUAUCAGACGUGUGGUGAAUAAUGUGAACGUUUUGGUGAACAACUUGAUAUUGAAGUACGUUGAGGAUGACAUUGUGUUGUCGGUCAACAUUACUUCAGCAGAGUGCUACACUGUGGAUGAUGUGUGGGAAAGGGCCUUUAUGGACGUCACUGCUCCAGAACUUGUUCUUCGGAGACUGAUCAACUUUUCUGAUUGUACUGUGUGCUUGGACAAACGAAAUGCAAGUGGGAAGAUUGAGUUUUACCAAGACCCGCUGUUGUACAAAUGCUCCUUCCGAACACGUCUUUAUUUUAGUUAUGACAACAUCAAUUCCAAGAUCCCCUCCGUCAUCAAAAUACAAACCAUGGUUGAUAGCUUGAAAUUGUCAAUUACAGAUCAGCAGCUUCCCAUGUUUAUCCGCAUUUUGCAACUCAUUAUUGCACUCUACUAUGGGGAAAUAGGAGGGCACAAAGAAGGAGAACGAGAGCCCAGCUGUCAUGCCAGAGAAGCUGGAACAAAUUUACCUGGGCUAGAUAUGGGCAUGGAGAAUCACAGUCCAACCCAUUACUCCAGUCAAGAGUUCUGCAUGAAUCCGGGUCUUUCUGCAGAUAAUAACCAGGGCUGGGUGUCUUGGGCUUGGUCCUUUGUCCCAGCCAUUGUGAACUCAGAUGAAUAUGAGGAAGGUGUCUAUCAGCAAAGAGAGACAGGGAGCAUCCCAAAUAAUCCUCAACAGCACACACUCAAGGAGCCUGUUGUUUCAAUCGGUUUCUACUGCACCAAGGCUGCUGUAACAUUUAAGCUUACAGAAUCCCAGGCAGAAAGCAGCUACUACAGUCCUCAGAAGGUUAAGUCAAGAGAUGUCUUGGGCCUGGAGCAAGAGGGAAUCAGUAUUGAGGUGCUUAUGAAAGGAGAGCCCUUCUUUGACUGUCAGAUUGGCUUUGUGGGCUGCCGGGCUCUCUGUCUGAAAGGCAUCAUGGGAGUACGGGAUUUUGAAGACAACAUGAACCGACCUGAAGAGGAUGCAGUGUUCUUCAGCUGUGGUGACAGCCUAAGCAGCAAAGGAAUGACCUACCUUACCAACUCUCUGUUUGACUACCGCAGUCCAGAGAACAAUGGUGUCAGGGCUGAGUUCAUCUUGGAUUCUGUAACUCACAAGGAGACCUACACAGCGAUAGCAGGCAUGCAACGCUUUGGUGCUUUCUACUUGGAUUACCUCUACACAAUGGAGAGCAGCAGCAGCAAAGAUUCUCAGGACUUCUCCGUGUUGGAUGCGGAAGAGGUCAUCCGUACAAGUCAAGAAGCAUCCAUCAAGAGACUUGUGGUUGGACCUUUAGACAUCAAGUUGCACAGUGGUGCAGUCCAUCGUAUACUGAAAAUGGUCAUCUGUGCUAUGGACCACGAAUAUGAGCCUUAUUGCAAAUCACAGCAAGAAAUGGUUGAGGAGAGUUGUUGUCCAGUCACUCCAGAAGAGAUAUCAAGAUUAGAGGAAUUUAUUCCCACCAGACUCACUUGUAUCACACUCCUCCAAGUUUCAGUCACAGUUUCUAUGGCUGAAUUCAAUCUUCUUCAUUUGCUCAUGCCCGUGAUCAUUGGAUGCAAGGCUACGCCAGGACUGGUCAAUAUACCAGCAUUUCAGCCACUCCGCCCCCUACCAUCAGUACAGUUCCAGGUGGAGAAGGUGAAUGCUGAGCAUUCUGUGCCGAUGUAUGCUCUGGAAUUGGUCAGCACUGUUAGUGCUCUCAGCCAGCCUCCUGACAACCUCCUACAUCAGUGCUAUGGACAAUUUUACCUGAAGGUUUUUGGGUUCCAGGCAGGCCUGACAUGCCAAGAGAGUACAGGCGGAUUCCUUCCUCUUAUCCCUGUUAUUCCCACCUUUAGCACAGCAGUUCAUGGGAAGAGGAUCCAAAUGCCUGCAUACUGGAGUAACAGCUUUUCUGUCCCAACCACAGAGUGUAUUGUGGAGCUUCCUUACUUCACUAUACAGGCCACAAGAGCACAGACACAUCUGCUCCAAGCAAUAUGGCAAAGCUGGACAUAUGGCAUGUUGAUUUCUGCACCCUCGAUACUCAAUGAAAACCUUAUCAAUGAGGUUUAUAAAGCUCCAGGUGUGAAAUCUCGAGCCUCGUCACCAACUCUUGAGGGCUCGCUCCAAAAUCUUGAGGUGAAGUUCUGCAGCCGUGCAACGGUGAAAUGCGCUUCAGGAACCGUGGGAGCUGUAAAAGUGUGUGCCAGGACCCCAGGCUCACAAGAAGGCGUAAAGGAGAGGCUGAUUCCUUUGAUCCAAGGCCCAUCUGACACCAAGGAACUUCAUAUGAGACAAUGGCUAAAUGAAAGCCGCAAGCCUGAAUCACUUUUGGCUCCUGACCUCCUGGCAUUUUCUAUGCAGGUGCCACGGCAAGGAGAUAAUUGCAGGAACUCAGGUGGAGUUUUGUUGGCAAGUGUCCAGGGUAUAUCUAUCAAUGUGGACCCGAUCUUCUGCACAUGGCUGCUGCAUCAGCCUCAUAGAGGGAACACCAGGCAACAGCAACAGAAUGCAGGUCCAGUUUCCUUGGCAAAGAGGAGAGAGGAUGAGGUUUCUGUGGGCAGCACGCCAUUGGUGCAGCAGCCCUCCAAUCAAGCUUCCGACUAUGCAAGCAGCCCCGUCAAAACCAAGACUGUCACAGAAUCCCGUCCCCUUUCCAUUCCUAUGAAGGUAAUGCCUGACACCAAAGCAGUAGAGUCAUCGGGAACGUCAGAGGAACAAAUGAAAGAGCUCAUUGGCCAGGCAUGGGAUUCUCUUAAACGCCUAACUCUACAGUUGGAGCUGCAAUCAUGUUGUGUGUUCCUGCCCAAUGACAGCCUUCCAUCCCCAAGCACUAUUAUUUUUGGUGACAUUCCUGGUACAGUGCGUAGUUGGUACCACAACCAAGCAUCUAUGCCAGGAACCCUUGUAGUCUGCCUGCCCCAGAUCAGUGUCCUCAGUGCUGGGCACAAAUACAUUGAACCGGUGCAGGAGCUCCCAAUUGUAUUCUCCAAGCCCAUCCUGGAAGAAGGUGAUGCUUUUCCAUGGACAAUUAGCCUCAGUCAGUUUAGUGUGUACACUCUGCUGGGGCGGCAGCGCAGUCUGAGCCUUCUCAAACCCAUGGGGUGUACCUCCACGCUGGCAGUCACAUCACAUAAACCACCAAACUUUUCAGAAGCAAGGCAGUCUUUUGUUGUCUGCCUCCAUGUUGAUCUGCAGCCCGUCCGAGUCACGUGCUCCAACCCUCAGGUGCAGCUGUUGUACAAGCUCCUUCUCAGUUGGUUGUCUACAUGGGCUCGUCUCCAGAAGCAUGGCAUCUUACCUCAGUCUGCCAGUAACCUCGAGCAUCCUGCUGGUGCUGCUCCAUCCUCUUCAGUACACAGCAGCGCCGGAACAGCUUUGCCAGAUACCAGCACCUAUAGCCCCUCUGCAGAUGUGGGAUCGCCUACUGAGGCUGAUUCAAUACUAGGAGGUGAUGAUGGUCCCUUUGCUGACACAGUGACCCUCGAGCAGAAAACUAGCAACAUUGGUGGAACUACUGGAAAAGUCAGCCUUUGGAUGCAGUGGAUGUUACCUAAGGUUAUUGUAAAACUUUUUGCUCCUGACCCAGCAGUCAUAAAAACAGAAGUCUGCGUGGUCAGUGAACUGGAAGACCUGAGUGCCUCAGUAGAUAUCCAGGAUGUAUACACUAAGAUCAAAUGUAAAGUUGGCAGUUUCAACAUUGACCACUACAGAUGCAGUACGGAGGAGGGUGUUCAGCACAACUGUGGAGGAGUGGUCCUCUCUUGCACUGACAAGCUGAACAGACGCACUGUGUUGGUUCGACCAGUCAGCAAACAAGAUUCUCUCAGCCAAUUCUCUGGCUUUUUCCCUCCUACGGCAGCCAAGGUCUUGGAAGGUUCUCACCAGCAACAUGGGUUUUUGUCCAUUACCUACACACAGGCUGUCACCAAAAAUGUUCGUCAUAAACUCACCACACGGCCUGAGCGGCCAGCGCACAUUGCUGCAACAGCCGGUCAGCGUGUUACUGCUGAUCCACUAGCAGAUGGUUCACCUCAGUACCUGAGAGAAAUCCUACUGACAGCUCAGCCCUUUGAUGUUGUGCUGUCCUGUCCUUUGUUAACUACUGUAGCUACAAUAUUUCAGACAACAGUACCAAGGCGAUACAAAGACCGUGGAAAGUCAGCAGGCCAGCCAAUGAGGAGCUACACCUUGACCUCUCGAUGUUUGCCUCUCAUCUACAUCAACACUAAUCUGAUCAGGGUUUUCUGCCCUCGAGCAGCUGACAAAAGUAUAUCAGAUCUCCAUGCAAAUCAAGAAGAUACGUUAGUACUUAAGUUGGGUUCCCUUAGCAUGGCACCUCAAGCUGAUAACCCCCUUAGCCGCACAGUGCUACGCAAAGACCUCUACCAACGUGCAUUAAACCUUGGUAUCUUGCGUGACCCAGGUUCAGAGGUUGAGGAUCGCCAGUAUCAGGUCGACCUUCAGUCCAUCAACAUUGGCACCGCUCAAUGGGACCAACUCAAACCAGAGAAGGAGGGAAUAAAAGAAGGUGUAUCCUCGGACAUUGAGAGGAACUCCCAGAACCCAGCCCUGGAAUGGAACAUGGCCAGCAGUAUCAGGAGGCACCAGGAGCGUCGGGCCAUCCUGACACCCAUUGUGACUGACUUCUCUGUCCGAGUGACUGCUGCCCCCGCCAUCAUCUUCAGCAAGAAUCUCUCCCUUGAUACCGGACAAGUAGAGGAUUUAGUGGUGUGUGGCCAUUCUCUUGAAGUGAAUGUGACCAGCAUUCUGGAUGUUUUCCUCAGCAUUGCGCAGGUGCACCUCCUUCAACAGCUUCUCAGAGACAACAUGGGGGCCAUGGACACUCCUGUGCAAGGCGCUGAGAUGCGUAAACAUGAGCAGAAGCAGAGCAGUCGAGGCUCCUUGGCAAGCAUCGACAGUUCAUCUCGUCACAGUGGGAACGGGCAGGACAGCGGAUUCGGCAGCGAUAGUGCUCGCAUCCGAAUUGUCCAGAUUGAACAGCAGAGUGGAACCAGUCACCACUGCAUAGCCAGGCCCUCGCAUAAAUCCACCAUUACCAAAAACCUCAGCUUUAUCCCCUUCGACAUCUUUCUGACUGCUAGUAGGCUGUCUGUCAUGGCCUAUGAAUGUUCUAAUCCCCCACAGGCCAGCACUUCAUUAGACAUCACGCAAGAUAGGAUAGACCUCAUUGAAAAGGUAGGAAAGAGUACUCUCAACCACCCUGAAAUCCUGUCUGAGUCUCCUCCAGGCUCGACCUCUGCGUCUCCGGACACUUCUGGCCAGGUUACUCUGACAGACUUGACUGCUGAAGACAUCCUCAACAGCAAUAUCUCCAACCCUGUGUCCCCCAUGCUGAGGGGAAGUGUGCUCUCCCUCAACUCCUUGUCAACCCCCCACCGCUCCUCAGCACGCCAAGCGCUGGGGGUGACAAUUGUAAGACAGCCUGGAAGAAGGGGUGCUGCUGAGCAGGUACUGGAACCGCUGCUCUACCUGCAGGUGAUCCAACCUUCCGCUCUUCUCAGCUGCCACCACCGCAAACAGAGAAUUGAGGUCUCUGUUUUUGAUGUGGCCUUAAGAGGAGUGACAUCAGGCUACAAGUCCCAAGACCAAGGGAAGACCUUGCCUGAGUCUCUAGAUUAUAAUGUGUUUUGGCUCCAGACAGCAGCAGGUGAGGUGGACAGUGAGACAGGCAUUCCUCCGCCUUUGCUAUGCCUUCAAAUUAAAGACUUCCUCAAUGGACCUGCUGAACUGAAUUUACAGUUCUCUCGCCCCUUGAAAGUCAACCCAACGGUGGUUAAGCUAGAGCAGGCCAAAGCCUACCUGAAGAAAAUUAUGCCAAACCACACUUGGAAUACCUCCUCUUCCCCUCAUUCAUCCCCUGCAAAGAUGCCAGCCAGGGCCUUUUCUCCACCUCAUCAAAGUCAAGGCCUGUGGAAAGCCAGCAGUAUCAGUGCUUUGGCUUUGUCGUUGCACAAAGUUGUUCUUCACGCUACACAGAUUGUAGUUGUCCUGGAGGCAGAGGCCCAUCCAUUGACGCCUAGUGUGACUGUGUCUAUGUGUUCUCUGAUGGGAAGUCUCAACUUGAAGCCAGGAUCAAGCAUCGAGGAUGCAGUACAAUCUGCUUCUGUGCAGCUGGAGCUACAAGAUGUGAUGAUGAGAACUGGCCUGAAAGACAGAAGCCAUCUCCUACUGGGCCCAUUUUCUUGUAGCAGCUCACUGGAGGCAAGGUGGUGUCGGCACAGUGGUAGUCCUGGACAUGAGCCUGGUCCCCCUAAACUGCUGCUGGACGGGAAAGGAGGCCUGCUGCAGGUGUUCUGGGGACAAGAACAUCUUAAUUGCCUGAAGCUAGUAGAGGAGCACCUACAACAAUAUCACUCUGCACAGAAAGGGGACUCUGUAGAAAACUCAUCUCAAGCCAAGACUUUCCAGGCCCAGCCAUUGCCCUCCUCAGAUUAUCCGUGUUCUGGCUCAGAACACAGCUCUGAUGACCUGCGAACAGGGCAUUUUCAGUACAUCCAGGACUCAGCUUCCCUAAGAUGGCCAAGACCACAUGAGGUUGUGUUCUACGGUGAGACAGAGGAUAGCUCAGGACAAAUGCUCUGGAGGUAUCCUGAACCUCGUGUCCUCACCUUCAUCAGGAUAACUCCAGUCCCUUUCAACACCAUAGAGGACCCAGAAAUCUGUAUGGCAGACCUAGGAGAUGCCUUAAAGGUACCGUGCAGCCUCGAAUACUGGGAUGAGCUCCAGCAGACCUUUGUUCCAUAUCAGGACUUCAGUCUGUCAGAGAGCCACACCUGCCAGCUGCAGCUUCCCAGCCUGAGCCUCACCGAUCACCAGAAGGAGUUGGUGGCCUCAGAUGUUUGGAGGAUUGUCCUCAAUAAUAACAAUGAGGCAGGAGAUGAGCAGAGUUCAGAUAGUGAGACUGGAUCCCAACUACCAUGCGAUCAGUUGGUAUCUCCCAUGGCCCUGGCAGCAUGCACCCGCGUGGACUCCUGCUUUGCACCUUGGUUUGUCCCUUCCUUGGGUGUGUCCCUCCAGAUAGCACAGAUUCAAGUUCACCUCAGCCACCAUCUAGAACAACUGGAAACAGUUCCAGCUCAAAAACUUCGACCCUUCCUGCCAGACAGGAAGAUGCCUCAGAAACAAGAUUUCAUGAUUGUCGGUACUUCGGAACCACAGAUCUUCUUGCGUCAGUGGACCAAUGGACCAAGGCUUUGUCAGGAGUUCAACUUUUCCACCCAGCUAGACUGCAAGCUUUUGGAGUAUCGAAACUUAACACUCCUGCAGGUUCUGCAGCCCUGUGUAGUACAGGGUCAGGCUACAGCCACGUAUUGUCCACAGAGCAGUGUGUUGCAUGCAAACUUCUUUAUGGAACCAAUGUUUGCCACAGUCAGUCAGUAUGCCAUCCACACAUUGGACACUGCCCUGCAAAGCUGGCAACAGAAUGGAAACCCAGGGGCUGAGGAACUAGUUUACAGCCAUUAUGUCAUCUGCAAUGAUACCCACGAGACUCUACGCUUUGGCCAGGUGGACACUGAUGAGAAUGUGCUGUUGGCAAGCCUCCACAGCCACCAGUACAGCUGGAGAUCCCACAAAUCUCCCCAGCUGCUCCACAUCUGCAUUGAAGGUUGGGGUAACUGGCGCUGGUCUGAGGCUUUCAGCGUGGACAAUGUUGGGACACUGCUCAGGACAAUUGAGUACAAAGGCCGCACAGCCUCACUCAUCAUCAAGGUGAUGCAGCUUAACGGGGUCCAGAAACAGGUGAUAAUCUGUGGGCGCCAGGUCAUGUGCAGUUAUCUGACUGAGGAUAUUGAAUUACGUUUGGUCCAACACUAUGUUGGCCCUGAUGCUCAAACUGUGGUCAGAGAGCAUUGUGACUGCCUGGAGGCAGGGUCCAAAUUGCCUUCCUAUAUUCUGGAAGAUGCUGAGCUGACAGAGUUGUGUGUACGGGCCAGAGGAGAUGAUGACUGGUCUCAGGAUGUCCAGCUAGACCGGAAGGACAGAGGCACCAGCAGCUCUGUUGUCCAGGUGCCGUGUUCUAGUGGUUCUUUGCUCUUUGUGUGGUGUAAUCUUAUCACUAUAGCGCCAGAUUCCUAUAGGAAGCAACGAGUGGUUGUUUUUAGUCCACUGUUUGUCAUGAGGAGCCACUUGCCAGACCCAGUAAUCAUCCACAUCGACAAGAGAAGCCUUGGACUGAGGGAAAGCCAGCUGGUUCCAGGGCGGGGCCACCAAGAGCCGCUGUUCAACACUGAAGCAAACCUUACGCAUCACCUCACUUUUCAGGCCAGUGAGGAUAAGGACGCUUCUCAAUGUGCUGUGCCCAUUUCCACAAGCCUCAUCAAACAGAUCCUGGACAAGAAUGGAGUUGAGGACAACCUGGAAAACAUCCUGGAUUAUUUCUAUGGCGAAAAGGCCUCCACUGAGCCUCCAUGGCCUUAUAGCUCCAAAGUUGUUGCCAGGAGUGAAUUCAAAUGCAGUGCUUCAACUACUGCUUCAACUAGGUCGGUGCUGGAGCCCCUUGCCCAGUGGGACAGUCCCAUGCAGGUAAAGUUAUCUUGCUGGAAAGUGGGCCUCAGCACCCUGCUGGUGGAGCUGCUGCCCUGGGCCCUGUUAGCAAAUCACUCCCAGUGGGAUCUGUGGCUUUUUGAGGGAGAGACCAUUGUGCUGCAGAUUCCAGUUGGCAAGGUCAUCGUCCCACCCACCCUCAAGGAAGCUUUCCAAAUUGGAAUCUAUUGGGCUCAAACAAACACUGUCCACAAGUCUAGAGCCAUGAAGCUUGUUCAUGAUCUCACCUCACCUCGAUGGAAAGAGGGCACCAAUUCUGAGGUGGUAACCUUGGAUGAGGAAGGAUAUGUAGAGGCAAACAUUACCCUGGGAGCCUUCCCUGGCAGACAGAAGCUGUGUCAGUUCUGUGUGUCGUCUACGGUACAACAUGGCAUCCAGAUUCUCCAGAUAGCAGACAGAACAGUCCUUGUCAACAGCACUCCUUACACAAUACACUACAGACCUCUGGUGACUGAACACAAGCUGGGAAGUGAUAACCAGGCCUGUGACAUACCAGAGACCACAGUAUUCAUCCUGACUCCGUCUGAAGGAGUGUCUCAGAGCAAAAGCUGCGCUUUGCCAUGCUGGGAUCGUCUUCAAACCAGCGAUCAGGAAAAAGUGGAGUUCCCCUUGCCAGUGAAAUGCUUGCUUUUCAGCUCAUUAUCAAGGCCUGAUGCCAGAUUUGGGUCUACAGCAUGGAGCCUCCCCACUCUCAUUCGACCAGACUUGCUCAGGCAGAGUGUGUCGGUUCCUCGUGAAACAAACACUGGUGGUGGCAUGAGCAGCAGAGCCAUAGUCUUGACAUACCAGGAGCAUCUUGGAGUGACAUAUAUUACACUAAAUGAGGAUCCUUGCCCUCCCAUGCUGGUGCACAAUAAAUGUCCUGUCCAGCUUCUGCUUAAAGAGAAUGUAAACGAAACUCCAAGGAGCGAGGUGUACUGUUGUCCUCUUCCUGCAAAUUGCUCAGUGCACCAUGAGCUCUACUAUCACUUUUCCAGUUUCCCUGACUGCAGGCAGAAAGAGGCACUGCCCACAAUGAUGUUAAAAAACGGAGAAAACGUUGGCAACACAGACUGGACCGAACCUAUUGAUAUCAAUAGCCCUGGUACUCAGGUGGUAUUCCUGCCAGGUUUUGGUUGUCUCUACAUUGAUGUGGGGUACGAGAAAGGAACCCUGGUUCUGUCUCUGUCGCCAGAGGGCGUUGCAGAUUGCAUAAUUAACCAACACAGCAGGUCUACUAAACUGUCGCUAACUGUCCUUCUGAGUGAGGCCAGCAUAGUGUUGAGUGAUGACAUCACCAACCCCUCAGGUCCUGUGGAGCUGCUAAGACUCACACUGACCAACCUCUUCCUCAAACUGGCCCCAACAUCCACCUCCCUGACCCCCAAGGUCACCCUCGAGCCUGGAGUAGCUACUGCGUCCAUUUAUACUCUGAUGCCUGACACCUUUUUGAUCGAGGUUUACUGCCUGUGUCUGCAAGUGGACAACCAGCUGUAUAACCGUGCAAGCUUCCACUUCCCCGUGCUGCUGUGCCAGGAGCAGAAAGGAGGGGCCGAGCUUGGCAAUCAGUGGAGUAACCACAAUGUUCCCACUGAGACUCCUGAAAUGUUGGAGGAGUUUAAACGUUCUUGUUUCCUCCAGCUGAGGCUAAUCAUGGCUGCGGAUGGGUGGACCAUGGAGGAGGUUAACUUCCAGGUCCAGCCUGCUCGAAUAUAUCUUGAAGACACAUUUGUUUACUAUGUCAAAACCUUGUUCCACACUUUUGUCCCUGGCUCCACUUUUGCCUCAGUGAACUCUGAAAAGUGUAAAGUGUCUGGAUCGGUUUCCACCCUCCCUGAACAGGUACUUCAAUCAAUACAGGCACUGGUCCGCCCUGUGCGUCUGCAGAGGCUAACUAUACAGCCAAUAAACCUGCUGGUCAGCAUCCAUGCAUCCCUCAAGCUCUACAUUGCUUCAGACCACACGCCCCUCGCAUUCUCCCUGUUUGAGAGGGGCCCUCUCUGCACUACACCCAGACAGCUGGUCCACGCUCUGGCUAUGCAUUAUGCAGCUGGGGCCCUCUUCAGAGCCGGAUGGGUUGUGGGAUCUUUGGAGAUCCUGGGCAGUCCUGCCAGUCUGGUGCGCAGCAUCGGUAAUGGCGUGUCCGAUUUCUUCCGCUUGCCAUAUGAAGGUCUGACACGUGGACCUGGUGCCUUUGUCAGUGGCGUCUCCAGAGGAACCACUUCCUUUGUGAAGCACAUCUCAAAAGGCACCCUGACGUCCAUCACAAACUUAGCUACCAGCCUAGCCCGAAAUAUGGACCGACUGAGUCUGGAUGAGGAGCACUACACCAGACAGGAGGAGUGGAGACGGCAGCUACCAGAGAGUCUAGGGGACGGACUCAGGCAGGGGCUUUCGCGACUUGGCAUUAGUUUGUUAGGAGCAAUAGCGGGCAUCGUGGACCAGCCCAUGCAGAAUUUCCAAAGGAACUGGGAGAUGCAGAGCACAGCUGGUAGCAAAGCCAAAGGCGUCAUCUCUGGCAUGGGGAAAGGAAUUGUGGGGGUUUUCACAAAGCCCAUUGGAGGAGCAGCUGAACUGGUAUCCCAGACUGGAUAUGGGAUCCUCCAUGGAGCAGGACUAUGGCAGCUUCCUAAACAACUUUACCUGCCAACAGAGGAGAAAUCUGCUGAAGCCCCCAACAGCCAUCUUAAAUAUGUUUGGAAAAUGCUCCAGUCGUUAGGGCGACCGGAGUUGCACAUGGCCUUAGAGGUGACUAUUGUGAGUGGGUCCGGCCAGGAGCAUGCCGGGUGUCUGCUGCUUACCUCGGAGGUCCUCUUUGUGGUCAGCCUCAGUGAGGACACACAGCAGCAAGCCUUCCCCAUCACAGAGGUCGAGUGUCAGCAAGAGGCGGGACAGCAGGGUCAGCUCACUCUCACGCUGCAGCAGCAGACAUUAGCCACUGACACAGAGAGUGAAGCUGUGCGAGAGCGUCUAUCCGAGCAUCAGUAUCAGCGCCUGGUGCAGUAUGUGAAGCGGGCCUCCCAGUAUUUCCCUCCCUCUGGUUCAUCACUGCAGCUGCAGCCUCUAGUGAUCUUCACUGAACCGGCGCCCUCUGUCACCAAGUCCUACCGCUAUCUGGUUGAUCCCGCUUUCGCCAAAGUGUUCGUCAGCAAGUUCACUAUGGUGAAGGACAAAGCCUUAAGCAUUGGAUUCCACUGACAUCUGUGUUGCUGACAUUGAUCAACUGCGCUUUCCAAUCUACCCAUUCAUUGCAAAUAGACUAUAUUAUCAAAGGUAUUGACUCACAUGCCUUGAAUCAUUAAUGAUCCGAAGUGGCAUCUCCUCCUUAAUCAGUCACGUCAUAUAUGAUAUCGGUCCACUCUUUAACACUGUAACAUCUUUAAUUCUUCAGAUAAGGCUGUUUGGGAUUGUGUUCAUCAGAUUUUUUUUUUAAAUAAUGCUUUCAGAAGAGUACUUAUGAGGUCACACACUGACAUUAAAGUGCAACAACUGUCAUGAAAUGGAUUAUUUUUGGUAUAUUAUUAAUGGAAAAACCCACAGCCAAUAUGGUCCCAUGUGAAACAUGAUUUUGA